AUGUCUCCCCCGAAAUUAUCAUCGGGUAAAGCCACGAAACGUUUGAUUCCGGGCGUUUAUGGCCCUCACCAGCCAUCAAUUCUCUCGGCGGAGAAUAUAGCCGAGAUUAGAGGGUCCACUGGGAUUCCAUCGGAGAUCGAGAUUAGGUUCCCGGAGGCUCACGAGUCCCCGGAGAGUCCUCCCCCAGGGUAUUGCUGCGCGUUUGAGAUAUUCUUCUCUGCGUGCGGUCUGUCGUUUCCCCUCCCCGAACUCAUCGUAAAGAUGAUGUUCAAACUGGGCUUCGCUAUCCCCCAGAUGUGCCCGAACGUCAUCCGAACCAUCAUGUGUCUUCAAACUCUGGGGGAAGAGUUUGACUACAAACUAUCCCUAGCCGACUUUCUUCAAGUGUACACGGUGAAGACAGGUCACACCAAGGGCAUGCUCUACGUAAGUCCGCUUUCCGGACUGAAGGUCUUCGACGACCUUCCUGAGAAGGAUGAGAAGUGGUGGAAGUCUUACGUUUUCUUCCCAGUCAACGAGCUCACUUUUGGCCACCUCGCAAAUCACUUCGAACGCGGAUUGCUUUGCCCCACAUUCGCGGAGUUCUUCUCGAGGGAAGAAAGGGCAUGCCGAGCUGCCGAAAAAGAGGCAAAGAAACAGAUGGCGGUGGCCCUUGCCGAAGGCAAAGCUCGCAUUUCUAACAAGAAUUCCUCCGGCUCCUCCGUUCCCGAGAGAAAGGAACCCGAGACUUCCUCCUCUUCUCGUGAGAAAAGCCGAGCCCGGACUGGCUCAUUAGGAGAUGAGCGGAGUAAGUCCAGCUCGAGAGACAGGGGUCUUUCCUCGGAGAGGAGAUCCAAGGAGGCCCCAGCUUCCAAAGAGUCCGGGGACUCCUCCGGAAGACUUCUCCUGAAGGAUCAACGUCCUUCUACUCGAGCUCCCCCUGUGUCCCCAGCUGAUCUAAUGAGGAGCUACGUCCGGCCCGGAGUUAGGAUCCCGGCGUUCGCUGAUAUGUCCGAGGUUAACCGCGCGAACUUCUUUCGCUUCGCGGACAAAAUCGGCGAGCUAAUGAUCGAGUUUAACUCCUCGGUGGCAUCCUACGAGGAUCAACUGUUCGCCUCCCCCUUGUCUUCCGAAGUAAAUCUCCUUCAAGAAAGGAUUGCUGACCUGGAAGCUCAGGUAAAGGAGUAUGCCAGACUGGAGGCCGAGAAUGCUGACACCAUGGCGAAAGCCGAGCGAAUCCGAGCUCGGAUGAAGAAGGCUGAGGUAGAGGUGCUCGACCUCGGGGUUGCUAAUGAAGACCUUCGAGACAAGCUGAAGAAGGCGGGGGACCUUUACUUCGAGGCGGCGGAGGACGCCAAGGCAGCAAAAAACAGAUUGCACGAGAUCGAACUCCGCAAUCAGCUACUCGAAGCUGGCAACAGCUGCGAGAUUGAGAGGGUGCGGAAGGAGGAGAGGCAGGCGAUGAGGCAAACUCUCCGCCCCUUGGUUGAGGAGGUGAGGGUCACUUUCGAGGAGAGGGAGAAGCUAGCUCCGUUCCAGAUCCGGGCCACCGAGAUCAGGGCUAACCGGAUGCUGGUCGAGGAGAUCUCUAGGGGCGAGAUCCAAGACAUGGAGGCCAAGCUCGGACUCCUGAAAACUGACGAGGAGGAAGCCGACGAAAAGGUUUCAAAGAUAACUCCCCGUGAUCUCUACCUUGCUGCAUUCUCAGACCUUUUGGCGGAUGCGCUCGAUCUCUUGUGCAGCGAUCACCCGCUUAGCGUCACAAUCGACGAGUCUGGCACUAACCUCGGGCAAAUCUCGAAUCAGGGGAUGGACGAUUAUCUGGCGAACACCAGGUCGGAAGGGGAGCUUGCAGAGAUGGGCUUGGCCCUUUCCGAAGCGGCGUCUGAACCUGCCCUUCCGAAUUUAUAG